GUCUUUUGUAGGAGCAUACAAUUAAAGUUUAAGCAGAGGUUUUUGCGCCAUCAAAAUCAGAACUUAUGUUGGUAGAACUAGAAACCACUAAAAGAGCGAACUGAACAACGAAAGUAAACGCAAUGCGGGAACAUGGUGACAACAAUUAAGAUAACCUGCGAUGGAGUGUUCAUUCAGUCCAACUCGUACCUCAUGCCCACGCCUUCUCCCAGCGGAGCAGGCGCCACGGGAUCGUCAUCCUUGGAACGGGUGCUGAAACCCGCGUCCGCAUCCGCCUCUCCAUCCAAUUCGAACAACGAAAGUGAUAACUCGCAGACGAGCAGUGGCAGCCAGACGGCGUCCAGUGCCAGCAAGCGAUCCAAUCGAUCCGUGGGCCGGAGUCAACGAGGAUCGGGUGCGCAGGACACAAGGCGACGCUACUACUUUGGCAGCAAGGACAUAUACUGGUGCAAGCAGAGCAGGGAGGCAGCUGCGGCAGCCACGCUCUCGGGCUCGGGACUAACGCGCAGUGCCAGCAGUGUCACCCACAAGGAGGGGGCCACCCACGCCACCCACACUGGUGGUCAGGUGAUCUCCCGUGCGCGUCGCAAGCCCAUCCUGCUGUGCAGCAGCCUGAGCGCUGCCUAUGCUCCUCCUCGUCGGCGUGAGUUUUACUUCUGCGACAAGUAUGCACCUGGUCCAGCAAGGAAUACUCCUACUACAACCACAUCAUCCGCAACACCGGCCAAGCACGAAUCCUCCCCGCCCAUCGACGCACGUCUGCUGAACUUCCUGCGGUGUGCACAUCGAAAGUUCCAGGCAUCCAAAGCCAAAACAGAGCUCCAACAAACCAAAGACAGAACCUUGGGAAAUUCCAGGGAGCGGAACAGUAAGAACGGGCAGCAGACUUCCCGCUCGCUGCCACCCAUUGCCAGCUCGGAGGAGUGGUUCGACGAGGAGGCACAACCCAGGAAAAGCAGCCACGAGAAGAGCCAGAAGCCCAACCCGAAACCGGAGGAGAAACAUAAGGAGAAGGAAGCGAUCUCGAGAAAAGCGUCCGGCGAGGGUGAUCUGAUCACCGUUGAGAUCAAGCAGGGAUUGCUGAGGAAGCAGAGGGCAACCACGACGACCGGCCAGGCUAUGAACAGCCACGCGACUGCCACGCAGAACGGACAAACCACGGUCGUCGGACACCAUCGCGGAUUCUCGCAGCCCUCGGUGACGGUGGCCGCUGCAGCGACAACGGGCAGCACGGCUGGCGAUCCAUGGUUCCUGCAGACCACCGGUCACCAGAUGCCACCCACUGCACCGUUGCGGCACAACAAGCGUCCUGCCCCCCAGCCGAAUGUGGUUUUGGGAGCGGGUUCCUCGGGAGCUGCGCCUGGAUCGGCGGUUGGGGCGGUACUGCUCCACCAGCAGCAACUCAGCCAGUCGCAGCCGCACAUUGUGCCGCCCAGCAUACCGCCGCACCACCACCACCAUCGCGAGAACAAUGUGCACCCCAUCCAGGCGGGCGCGGCAGCCGCAUUGCAUUUGUCAUCGCAUGCGCUUAAUAGUCAUAAUUUAAUCAGCAGCGCCAGCAAUCAUUCGCCCAAGUCCCCCAACCAGACGCAGCAGCAGCAACAGACGACGAGCCAGCAGCAACAGCAGCAGCAGCAGGCGCCUCACAGCAUACUGUCCACGUUUGCACCCGCCCCCACUGUCGCCGCCGUUCAGCCGGCGGGAUCGCAGUCCGUUGCCGGUACCGCUGCCGCAGUGGCCGUCGUUGCCCAGCAGCAGCAACAGCAGCAUCUCCAGCUGCUGGCCAACUGUCCGCCCGGUGGAGCGGGUCUGAUGUCCUCCUCCCUGAAUGCAGCCCAAAUGGGCAUGCACGGCGCCGAGCGAGCGCUGCCGCCAAAGAGUCUGGCGCUGAGUGGCAGCCAGCAUGGCAGCAAUAUGCUACUGCACACAGCACCGCAACCGCCGCAGGCCUCUCAGCCAGCGGCAGUGGUCGGCGUCAGUGGUAGCGGAUCGGCGGGCAUGUCCACCUCGCUGCACAGCUUCGACAUUAAUGGAGUCACGGCAGGCAGCGGGGUGAAUGCGAGCAGCGCGUGGUCCAGCGGCUCCACCACUGCCAUGAACCAUGCUUCCCUCUCGCCCACAGCGAUGGCACCGCAGCAAGGGCGGUCCAGGUGCGAGGUUAAACUGAACGCUAUGCCAUGGUUCCAUGGCAGCAUAACGCGGGAUGAGGCGGAGCAUCUGCUGCAGCCCCGUGAGGACGGAUUGUUCCUGGUUCGCGAGUCCACAAACUUCCCUGGCGACUACACGCUCUGCGUUUGUUUCCAGUCCAAGGUUGAGCACUACCGGGUCAAGUACCUAGAGAACAAGUUGACCAUCGACGACGAGGAAUACUUUGAGAAUUUGGGCCAGCUAGUGGCGCAUUACGAGGCGGAUGCGGAUGGACUGUGCACCCAGCUGAUUAAAUGCUUGCCAAAGCUGGGCAAACAAGAGUUCUGCAUUAACUCCAAAGAUUUCGUGGACAAGGGCUGGGUGAUCCCUGAAGCGGAGCUGCAGCUGCGCGAGAGCAUCGGCAAGGGCGAGUUCGGUGACGUGAUGCUGGGCAUAUUACGCAACGAGAAGGUGGCCGUCAAGAUGCUGAAGGACGAGGGCGCCGUGCAGAAGUUUCUGGCUGAGGCCUCGGUCAUGACCACGCUGGAGCACGACAAUUUGGUAAAGUUCAUCGGCCUUGUCUUCACCAGCAAGCAUCUGUAUCUGGUUACGGAAUAUAUGAGUAAGGGAUCACUGGUUGAUUACCUGCGAUCGCGAGGACGACAGCACAUAACCAAAAAGGAUCAAAUCAUUUUUGCCUACGACACUGCCUCUGGUAUGGAGUAUCUGGAAGCAAAAAAGGUUGUCCAUCGCGAUCUGGCAGCACGCAAUGUCCUUAUAUCAGAGAAUUGCGUGGCUAAAGUAUCGGAUUUCGGUUUGGCACGCGAGGAAUGCUACAAUCUUGACGUUGGCAAACUGCCCAUAAAAUGGACGGCUCCAGAGGCUCUUAAAAAUGGGCGCUUUUCCAACAAAUCAGACAUGUGGAGCUUUGGCAUACUGCUAUGGGAAAUCUACUCCUUUGGACGCGUGCCCUAUCCCAGAAUUCCAUUAGCCGAUGUGGUAAAGCACGUUGAGGUGGGUUACAAAAUGGAAGCACCCGAGGGCUGUCCACCGGAGAUCUACGAAAUGAUGCGACAGGCCUGGGACCUAAAUCCCGCCAAGCGACCCACAUUCGCGGAGCUCAAGGUCAAACUGCAGCUACUGAACAAUGCCACGGCGUGAGGAGCCAGCAAGGGAGUGACGCCAGUGACGCGCGAUAGGGAUGAACUAAAGCGAAAUGUUUAGACCAGAUGUCAUUUAAGCCAUGGGCAGAGCCAAUCCCUGCCAGAAAUGGGCCAGAUCCAAAGCUGAAACUGACUUGACACUGAACGCAACAAUUUUUCGUACGAUUAUAUACAUACAUGAAUAUAUUCACUACUUUACAACAAUUUAUUUACAUAUAUAAUUUAUGGAGUAAGUUUUGUAAGCCUAAGCGAAGAAACCCAACACAAUCAAGCAAUGUUAGUGAGUUGCGCCAGCUUCCGACAUAUAAUUAAUUGAUAACCAACAGAACGGACUACGUGUGACGGAGAGGAGAAGGGCAGCUGCGUAGCCUACCUACUACUACUACCUUUAACUACCUACCACAAUAUUAUAUGUUAUGUGUACACUUACCGUAGCUAUUUAUUAGUUAACUUAUCGGUUCGGACUCCACUGUAACAUUUAACUUCUGGAUUCGUGACCACGUCUGUAUCUUUAUGUUAUAGAAUACGCAUACAUAUGAGCGCCUUCCGUUCGGACGGCGCCUGUCUAAAUCAAUUGUUUAUAGGAUGUUUCCCUUUGAUAUCGUAAAGACGUCAAGUUUUAUUCGAGUUCCGUAUACUCUUUCUGUUAACCGUUUCUGUUUGUAGCACAAAACUGAGGGAUGACCACAAAGAACUUGUCCAACAAGUCGUUGGAAAAGAGAUCACGCUGAGAAUUAGUUAAAUUUAGUUACAUUUAUUUGUAUUAAAAAAAUAAUAAUAAAACGAAAUGAAAGCCAGCAAAAAGUAUGCAAAAUAAGCAAGCGAAACCUAAGCAAAAAUUAACGAAGGCAGCUGAGAGGCUGCGUGUCCUUAAACUCAAGAAAACGAAAAAGAGAAAAACACUUGUGAAAAUAUGCAUUACAUUAAAACGUCUACAUAUACAUAAUACAAUACACAUUACCUACGUAUUUAGCUUAUAAAUCGAUUAAUAAUAUACAAAUAUAAAUUAUUACGCGCAAAGUUCGUAAAUUUGUUCAUUAUUCGGUCCAUUCUUCUAACAAGGAAUCUCCUUCUCUGUACUUUAAUCGAACCAAUCCAAUGCAGCUGGCGGCAAGGCAAAGGAAAAUUGUAAUUUAUUUUUUAAAAAACGUACCCCCUAAUUAACUUAACAAAUAAUGCCUAUUUUAAUGUUCCCUUUAAGCAACUUGUACAUUUAUGCGUUUUAAUUUUCGUUUAAGGGCAGCCACUUUGCUUUAACACUUAAUUUUAGUAUACUUUAUGUAAAACACACCUAAUACACCAACACACACACCCCCCCACGUCCCAUGGUAUAUAUUUAAUUAAUUUUAAAGUUAUUAUUUUUUUACAAACACACUUCAAUCCACAUUGUAAACGAAAGUUCUAUGCGUUAGUGAAACCCUGGAGAAAGCAACACAAAUAUGCACCAACACACAAAACUUAAACGCGGUGAUUAAAGGAAGGCAGCGAGUUCAAAAACUUUUAAUAAAAGUAAAGAAUACAAGCAUGAAA